GGCUCCACGCACCCCAGCACCCAGCCGCCAUGGCUUCCCUGGGGCAGAUCAUCUUCUGGAGCAUUAUUAGCAUCAUCAUUAUUCUGGCUGGAGCAAUCGCACUCAUCAUUGGCUUUGGAAUUUCAGGGAGACACUCCAUCACAGUCACGACUCUCACCUCGGCCGGGAACAUUGGUGAGGAUGGAAUCCUGAGCUGUACUUUUGAACCCGACAUCAGGCUUUCUGAUAUUGUGAUCCAGUGGCUGAAGGAAGGUGUUGUAGGCUUGGUCCAUGAGUUCAAAGAAGGCAAAGAUGACCUGUCAGACCAGGAUGAAAUGUUCCGAGGCCGGACAGCAGUGUUUACAGAUCAAGUGAUAGUUGGCAAUGCCUCUUUGAGGCUGAAAAAUGUGCAACUCACAGAUGCUGGCACCUACAAGUGUUACAUCAUCACUUCUAAAGGCAAAGGGAAUGCCAACCUUGAGUAUAAAACUGGAGCCUUCAGCAUGCCAGAGGUAAAUGUGGACUACAAUGCCAGUUCAGAGAGCUUGCGAUGUGAGGCUCCUCGCUGGUUCCCCCAGCCCACAGUGGUCUGGGCGUCCCAAGUUGACCAGGGUGCCAACUUCUCAGAAGUUUCCAACACUAGCUUUGAGCUGAACUCGGAGAAUGUGACAAUGAAGGUUGUGUCUGUGCUCUACAAUGUCACAGUCAACAACACGUACUCCUGUAUGAUUGAAAAUGACAUCGCCAAAGCCACUGGGGAUAUCAAAGUCACAGACUCUGAGAUCAAAAGGCGGAGUAGCCUGCAGCUGCUCAACUCGAGGGCUGCCCCGAGUGUCUCCCCUCUCUCUGCCGUCGGCUGGCUGCUCCUGCCCCUCUCCUCUUACGUGAUGCUGAAAUAAUGUGCCCUGGCCGUACAUAGGCAUGCAAAGCCACUGGGGCCACAGAAUCCCAGGAAUCUACAGAACAAUUUUACCAGAAGAUAUGACCUAGUUUUAUAUUUCUAU